AUGGCUGAGGUUUCUGAAAAAACUUUCAUACCAGAGUCUUUUCAGGGUACAUCAUUAGAUAUUGCAGGACAAAUUGGGUUGAUGUGGGAGCUAAUCAAAGCGCCAUUGAUAGUCCCACUGCUUAGGCUUGCUGUGUAUAUGUGCUUGACCAUGUCACUAAUGCUUUUCUUUGAGAGGGUGUACAUGGGUGUGGUUAUCAUCCUUGUCAAACUCUUCUGGAAAAAGCCCGAUCAACGGUACAAAUGGGAGCCUAUGCGUGAUGACUUGGAGAGUGGCAAUGCGAGCUUUCCAUUGGUCCUUGUUCAAAUCCCAAUGUUCAAUGAAAAAGAGGUCUACAAGAUCUCCAUUGGAGCAGCAUGUAAUCUUUCAUGGCCGUCGGAUCGUCUUGUGAUUCAAGUACUUGAUGAUUCAACUGACCCUCUCGUCAAGGAUAUGGUUGAGAAAGAAUGCUUAAGGUGGGCAAGCAAAGGCGUGAACAUAGUAUAUCAAAUUAGAGAAACCAGGGGAGGCUACAAAGCUGGUGCUCUUAAAGAAGGACUAAAGCGUGAUUAUGUCAAAGACUGCGAAUACGUCGUCAUUUUCGAUGCCGACUUCCGGCCCGAACCGGAUUUUCUCCGGCGAUCCAUACCUUUCCUUAUUCAUAACCCUCAAGUUGCCCUUGUUCAAGCUCGUUGGAGAUUUGUGAAUUCGGAUGAGUGUUUAUUAACAAGGAUGCAAGAGAUGUCAUUAGAUUACCAUUUCACUGUGGAGCAAGAAGUAGGAUCAUCUACUCAUGCCUUCUUUGGUUUCAAUGGGACUGGUGGCAUAUGGAGAAUCGCGGCUAUCAAUGAGGCCGGUGGGUGGAAGGAUCGAACCACUGUUGAGGAUAUGGAUCUUGCUGUCCGAGCUGGUCUUAAGGGCUGGAAAUUUAUUUACCUUGGUGACCUCCAGGUGAAAAGUGAACUUCCUAGUACUUUCAAAGCCUUUCGUUUCCAGCAACAUCGGUGGUCUUGUGGUCCUGCUAAUUUGUUCCGGAAAAUGGUGAUGGAGAUCGUAAGAAACAAGAAAGUUGUCCUGUGGAAGAAGGUGUAUAUGAUCUACAGCUUCUUCUUUGUUCGGAAGAUCAUUGCUCACAUGGUCACCUUCUGGUUCUACUGUGUUGUACUUCCCUUGACUAUUUUGGUUCCUGAAGUCGAGGUUCCAAAAUGGGGAGCCAUUUACAUCCCUUGCAUCAUCACUAUUCUAAAUUCAGUUGGAACUCCAAGGUCAAUCCAUUUGUUAUUUUACUGGAUACUUUUUGAGAAUGUGAUGUCUAUGCACCGAACCAAGGCAACGCUUAUCGGUCUUCUAGAAGCAAAGAGAGCUAAUGAAUGGGUUGUUACUGAAAAACUAGGGGAUACUAUCAAGAACAAAUCAAACACCAAAGCCCCAAAGAAAGCCAUAUUUAAGAUUGGAGACAGAAUUCAUAUGUUGGAGCUGGGAUUCGCAGCAUUCCUCUUCUUCUGUGGAUGCUAUGAUUUUCUCUAUGGAAAGAACAACUACUUCAUAUAUCUCUUCCUCCAAACCAUAACCUUUACCAUCACAGGAUUCGGCUACAUCGGAACUAUUGUGCCAAGCUCAUAGUGGCAGCACAGAUCAUAAAGACAAGCAAAUCAUUCAUCAAGUUGAGUAGAAAAUUUCAUACCUCCAGUUUCCUGGAAAAAUUCUUAUGGCCGUUGGGGAAGACACCGGUAAAUACAAGAAAAGAAUUGCUGUUACUGUGAGCAAAUUAUAAUGUCAAGAACAAUCUGAAGAAGCUAAAACUUCACAUGGCAAAAGGGCCAAGCUUGUAUUUUCUGAUUUGAUUGUUUGUAGUCCUGUGGAACAUUUUAGUUCUUUCUUGGUUGAGUCACAAAUUUCUUAGUUUUCAUUAGAGAGGAUUUGGAGAGCGGGGUGGGGAAUAA